AUGCCUCUCACCGGAAGCGACAUUUGCAAGUUCAUCUUCGCCGUCCUCCUCCCGCCUCUGGGUGUCUUCCUCGAGACGGGCUGCGGCGUCGACCUGCUCAUUAAUGUCGCCCUGACCAUUCUGGGCUACAUUCCUGGUAUCAUCCACGCCAUCUACAUCAUCGUGACGAGGUAG